UUAUUUCCUUAAAUUAUGUCAAUACAUUAUUCAUUAUAUUUACAUUAUUCAUAGUUAUCAAUAUACUUGACAGAUUCAUUACCGGCUGUGACAAUUAUUAUUCAAAGUGCAAAGGGUUAAACAGCAAUGCCUGCACACUCGUCUGUAAAACGGUUGCACAAUAAAGCGGAAUCAUCGCGGAAGGCACGCGCGAUCUGGACUUUACGCGUGUUCUUGCGUGAGGCAUGCGUGCAAGCUCUUCCAUAUAUAAAUACUCGUGUGUCAGUGGGAAAAUCUCAGUCGGCCGAUACUUGGUGCCUGUGUAGCUCUUCUCUCAUCCAGCUAUCACUGUUCAAAAGUUCACCAUGUGAUUUUCUUGCUUCUCGAAGGGAAAAAGGAAAGGAAGAAGAGAAGAUAUUUCACCUUUCAAGCAAACCCAAGUUUAUUGUGCUAGCAUCCUUUUUCUUUAGAAAAGAAGCACGAAGAUAAAUUUAUAAAGCAAAGAAAAUCUAAAAAAUAAAUCAAUAAAGCAGAGAAAAAUCCAAGAAGAAAAAGAAUCUCUUCAGUUUUCUGAAAGCGUGGUGAUUUCGUUCUUAAAAAGACGCAGCAAGAAGAAUUUUUUAUCUUUCCUGCAUUCUUGAUAUCUUCAGUUUGGUUUAGUAUAACGUAAUUCUUGAGCGAAAGAAUCAAUGGGACCAAGACCUUGCAAAUUCAGUGAUCAAUAACGAUUAAUUUGUUAAGGCCAGGAAUCACAGAUCAAUUCAGCAAUCAAGUACGGUUGAGCUUCUCAGUAAAAAAAUCCAAGUUUUGAGUUUACUUUCCGACUAGGAAAUCAGCUAGGACCAAUAAUGAAAGGCAGACCGAGGGGAUCGCUUCUAAGACUCUUGAUUCUCAUCCUGACGACGGUGGAUCAGAUGAUGGUAGUCUUGACGGCUCAUCACGGCGGUCAUUAUCAUCGAGUCCCGAGGAGGAUCCAUCUGCCACGUGCGAUGGAGGCUACCAAGAAAUUUCUCUGCAGAGAGCCCCAAUCGAGAGCUUACAAUCUGAGAGAUCUGGUGCACAGUAUGCAACCAAGCGAGAGCGUGAAUCAGCCGGUGUACAUUGUGGUGAAGAAGUGUGACAACCACUCAGGCUGCUGCGUUAGUCCCGAUCUCAGCUGCGCGCCGGUACCGUCGUCAAUUUAUCACGAGGACAUGGAGGUCGAGGUUUGGAGCCUGUUGACGAAUAGCACGAGGAGGGUAUGGAUCAGGAUCGAACAGCAUGGCAGGUGUAGUUGCGAGAUCAGUAGUGCUAGUGAGAGACUUAGAGAGGACACUCGGCCACCUAGUAUACAGAUUCUUUGAUCCUUGAAGUUCCUUGGAUCCUAGAUUCAGCAUUGAAGCAGAGAA